AUGUCUACGCCCAUGUCAAUCAACAAGUCCCAGAAUUCGAUAGUACUUCUCAGCUUAGGCCUCCUGCUGGUCACUUCCAAAAGUCUCGCCCAAAACGUGUCUUCUGCAGAUGCGGGCUCUACAUCCACUGGCGCUGCCACUGUUGGUACUGACAAUGAUAAUGAUACUGGCGAGGUAGAUUGUGAAUAUGAUGGAAGUGUAAAAAAUUAUCUAAGCUGCGCGAAGAACAAGAUCUCUACGCCUAUGUUGAUCGGUGCAGGUAUCGGAAUCACCCUGGGCAUUUUCGUAUUAUCUUUCCUUUGUAUAUGUUUGACCAAGAAGAAGAGACGAAAAGCCGCUCAACAAAAAGACCAAGAGCGGCUAGGCGACCAAGUUAGUAGUCAUGGGGAAGAUGGUAAAAAUGUCGAUUUGGAUGAUUUGGAGAAAAACCAAAACCAAUCUACGGAAUUCUUCUAUCCAGAUGAUAAGAAAGAUAGGAAACUUUCAUUCAUUUCUGCGGUCGGGGAAGAGGUCAAACCCAAAAACCCAAGUAAUGAUAACAAGAACAAAUCAUUCGAAUUACUCGCUCCUCCCGCUCCCAAGCACAACAGGACCGCCUCGAACUCUUCCUCAAUCUCAAAUAGACCUACAAUCCUUGAGAAUGGUCCUACAUCACUAAAACCGAAACCCUCAAUAAGGAAAGGAAGUAGAGAUGAGAUAUAUAAAUCUAGACCACUAAAGCAUGCUCCAUCAACUAGAAGACCUAAUCCGACUUUUCAUAAACAUAUGAAUCAAGUUUCGAUCAACGGGAGUAUACACGGUGGCGAAGAGAGGGAACAACAUCAAUCAAAGUCAGGAGAAGGUUCACCAGUACAACUUGCGACUAAGAGGGAAUUGGAAAUUACCAAUCCAUCUCAGUCCCAAUCUAGACCCAACUCCGUGUUGGAAGUACAACAUCCUCGACCUUCUCAACCACCUUUAAGAGAUACCUCCUCACGUCGAUCAGUUUCUCACUUACCUAAACCAACUUCUAGAUCUUCCAUUUCUCAGCCUCAUCCUCGUCCUCCGGCAUACGCGAUGGGCCCUCAACCCCCUCCUCCAUCCGCAAGCCAAAACUACCAUUCGUAUAAACCCCAAAUGCCGCUGAGAGGAGCAUCUCAAAUGACAUUGGCACUACCGCCCGUACUGGAAGAUGGCAAAGUAUCUAAAUCGCCUUCUGUAUCUUCUAGACAAUCUACUCUGGCUCCUCCCGCUGAGUCAGAAGAUGCGGGAAGGAGUGGGACUUUCGGACCUGGUUUGAUUGGUGCGGAGGGGGUGAAAAAGCAGGUCAACAAAUCUUCUAAGGUAGAUGCGGAUAAGGUGGAUAUUGUUGAAAAGGAGGUAUCAAAGGAUGAUAAGGUAUUCCCAAUCAAAUAUGAAAAGGUUGGUGCAUCUCGAAAAGUGGACGAAGUGAAACUGCCCAACAUUACCAUGUCCGACUCUACGACUGCACCCGCGCAUACUUUGCAUGAUGAUCAAAGACCUGUCGAAUCACUUACAACCACUCCUGCGGUGCCUACGCUGAAGGAUAUAGAAGCACCAAAAGAGGAAUCAGACGAAAGUAAGAAACCCAAGAAACCCAAAAGUAGACGUGAGGAAUUGAGACAGACUAAUUUGAUACCUUCUUAUUACGUCAAAAUGAAUGGCUUAAACUUUGACGAUGAAGAAGAGGAAGUAGUACCGACAAUUGUAGAUGGUGAAAGAGAUGAUAACGAAUUGAAUGUAGACGAGAAGAAGCAACACGCAGAGGUCAGCAAGGAUCAAGAGACAGCGGGAAAAGAAAAAGAGAAAGAGAGGGAGGGGGAGGGGGAGGAGAGUUUACCGAAUCCUUUUGAUGCAGCUGAAAUACAUGGAACUAAGGGAAAGAAAGUACGAUCAGAGCCGAAAGAAAAGAAAGAGAAAAAGGCUAAGCACAAAAAGAGUAAGAAGAGUGAAGCAGUGUCAUAG